GUUUCAGAUCUUAACACGAUUCACAGUGUUUUUGUGAGAAACAUCGACACAAAGGAGACGCUGCUCUGCUCUUCAUUCAUCCAUUCAUUUAUUCAUCCAUUCAUUUAUUCAUCCAUUCAUUUAUUCAUCUUUAUUCAUCGGUGGGUUUAAUCCUGUGAGCAGUGAGAUGUCUCUGCUGUCUGUCUACACAAUCUCUGUUCUCUCAGUGGUGUGGUGUGUUCAGGGUCUGCGUGUGGACCUGUCCCCGAGGCGGCCCGUGUUCCGGCUCGGUGAGCGCCACCAGCUGGUGUGUGAGGUCCGGGACUGUCCCACGGCGCCGAGCGUCUCGUGGUCGUUGCUAGGCGACCGGCCGCUGGCGGCCUCCGUCAGCACCAAUCAGACGCACUCGGCCGUGACCUUUGACCCCGUGGUCACGGAGCACGAAGGGCCGCUGCUCUGCCGGGUCAGCUGUGGCGGCGAGAACAGGCAGAUCAAGACCUCCGUGCACGUUUACUCCUUCCCAUCAGCCCCUGUGAUCCAGGGCGUGGACCCUCUCCGUGUGGGGGUGGAGUCCACCCUCACCUGUCAGGUGUGGGACGUGUACCCCCCCGACCAGCUGACUCUGCGCUGGCGCCGUGGCGACGCUGUGCUGCCGAGCAUCAUGGGAGAUCACCGGUCCAGCUCGGUCCGGCUCGACUACACCUUCACCCCCUCGCUACGGGACAGCGGAGGAAACAUCAGCUGCAGCGCUACGCUGGACCUGCAGGACCUGCCACCUGAGGACCGGACCAGGGAGACCACCGUCCCUCUAAACCUGCUCUAUGCUCCCGUCGUCACGGCGAUACCCGACUCUGUGUCGGUGAUGGCCGGCUCUCGGCUGGAGCUCGGCUGCUCCGCGGAGGGAAACCCCGAACCGGCCGGCCGUCAGCUGAUCCUCUCCGCGGUGAGUCUGGCGGAUGCCGGACGGUACGAAUGCCACGCCCAAAACACCGAGGGGAGCCAGACCUCUCACCUGGAGCUCACCGUACACGCUCCUCCCACCAACACCUCCCUGUCGGUGAGUCCAGGUGAUUGGCUGCUGGAGGGUCAGCAGGUGACGUUCAUCUGCCAAUCAGACGGAGCCCCGCCCCCCACGCUGGUGCUGAGGAGGAAGGGGGAGGAGCUACAGAGGACUGGCCCUGGAGCCCCGCCCCCCACGCUGGUGCUGAGGACGGAGGGGGAGGAGCCACAGAGGACUGGGACUGGAGCCCCGCCCCCCACGCUGGUGCUGAGGACGGAGGGGGAGGAGCUACAGAGGACUGGCCCUGGAGCCCCGCCCCCCUCGCUGGUGCUGAGGAGGGAGGGGGAGGAGCCACAUAGGGCUGGCCCCGCCUCCUCACAGCUCUCCUUCAGCCUAUCCUCCGCCCGGCUGGAAGACUCCGCCCACUACCAGUGUGAAGCCUCCAACCAGUACGGGUCCCAACUGGUGACCAGCACCGUCUCUGUCUCAGCUCACCCCCUGCAGGUGGAGGUAAGUCCUCUGGUCUCGGCAGCAGAGAGGGGUUCAGGUCUUGUUCUGACCUGCAAAGCCUCCGGAUGUCUCCACCCUCCCACCUUCACCUGGACCAGAACAGACCAGAACCAAAGCCAGAACCAGAACAUCCUGGGAACGCAGCAGGAAAGCUUGUCCCUGCUCCACCUGCAGGACCUGGACCUCCAGGAUCAGGGGGCGUACCGCUGUGAGGCCCAGUGUGGCUCCGUCAUCAGGACUGGAACCGUCCGGGUCCACGUUUACUCGUUCCCGUCUGACCCAGUUCUGGAGCAUCCCGGUCCCGUGCUGCUGGGUCGGGAGGCGGUCCUUCGCUGUGACAUCACCGACGUCUUCUCGGCCAAUCAGAUGCGGGUCCUGUGGCUGUCGGGGAACACGACGCUGCACUCCGAGUCCUUCGGGUUCUCCGGUUCCUUACGGAACGUCUCGGCAGUUCUGCAGCGCCGCGUCCAACAGGACCAAGUUCUGACCUGCCGGGCCGAGCUGCUGGCGCCGGGAGGACACCUGUGGAGGUCCAGAACCACCUCGGUCCUGCUGCAUGUCCACUCUCCUCCCACCAACACCUCCCUGUCGGUGAGUCCAGGUGAUUGGCUGCUGGAGGGUCAGCAGGUGACAUUCAUCUGCCAAUCAGAUGGAGCCCCGCCCCCCUUGCUGGUGCUGAGGAGGGAGGGGGAGGAGCUACAGAGGGCUGGCCCCGCCUCCUCCCAGCUCUCCUUCAGCCUAUCCUCCGCCCAGCUGGAAGACUCCGCCCACUACCAGUGUGAAGCCUCCAACCAGUACGGGUCCCAACUGGUGACCAGCACCGUCUCUGUCUCAGCUCCCCCGAGGAACACGUCGGUUCUCGUCCUGCCGUCUACGGUGGUCCAGGAGGGUCAAACCGUGAGCGUGCUCUGCCGGACCGUCUGCUUCCCGCCUCCUGCCGCCGUGCUGCUGAAGAAGCUGACCAAUGGGACGGAGCUUUACUCCGCCAACGGCAGCUUCCUAUUGGUUAACGUCACGGCCAGAGACUCGGGGCGCUACCAGGUCAACGUGAGCAACGAGUUAGGAUUCCAGGUCAAGGUGUUCAGCAUCAGGGUCACAGAGAGAAGCUCCAGUCCUCCUCCGAGUCUCGGCGCCAUCAUCAUCCCGACCGUGUGCGUCGCUGCUGGGCUCGCAGCUGCUGCUCUGCUGCUCGAAUACCUGCGGAGAUCCCGGAAGAAAGGCUUCUAUAAGCUGCACAAGGCGCCGCCACCGCCUUCAGCCUGAUGCCAACGCUGGACUACCAACAUGCUUACACUAGGCUACCAACUCCCAUAACUGGGCUACCAACAUUCUAACACCAGGCUACUACCAUCCCAACAUGUGGCUACAAUAUCCUAAAAUGUGGCUACAAUAUCCCAACGUGUGGCUACAAUAUCCCAACAUGAUGCUACAAUAUCCCAACAUGAUGCUAAAACAUCC